CCGGCAUCAGAUUGUCGUGGUAGCUCGUGCUGGAUAGAUCGAUUAAACUGCGUUGAAGCGAACUCUUUCAAUUCUACUAAUAUUUAUAAACAAUUUUUUGGUGAUUUGUGUUGAAAGUGUUGUGAUAGCACUGCUGUAGUUUCGAUGGUGCACCAUGGCCACUUUAGCAGGUAACAUGGUACCUCACCCGCAUCAUUUUUCCGGGAGGCAGAAGAUGGAGAGUACCGACGGAAGCGUGUCCAUGGACUCCAGUGACAACUUUGAUCGCGAAUCCACCAACAUGGACCAAAACAGUUGCUGCAGCGACGAUACAGUUCUAUCCGUCGGUAACGAGAACCCGCCACCGUCGACUGAGUUGAGUUUUAAGAAUAUUGAAAGCCAUUUGAAUGCUAUUUCGCAGAUAACUAAUAGUACUUUGAAUCCUGAUUUGGCGAGGAAGUGUUCAUCAUCUAGUCCUAUAAAUCAUAGAUUAAGCCCGUCUAGUACUAAAUCGGUACCCGAAUCGGCGAGUUUCCUAUUUCGUGGGGUGGAUUUCGAUAAAAAUGAACUUUUCCGACCCAACUUACUAUCACCUAGAUCGCUAUCAGAACCUGAAUCCCCACGAAGCCCAAAACAACAAGAGAACUUCUUUUACAACCAAAACAAAACCAACAACAACGAAAACCAAGGGAACCUGAAAUUCUCCAUAGACAACAUCUUAAAAGCAGAUUUCGGUAGACGAAUCACAGACCCCAUACACAUCAGGAAGACGAAACCCAAGAAAGUUGUAGUUCCUGAAAGUAGUGAGGACGAGGCUAAGGCACCAGGACCCGUUGAUUUGAGCAAAAAUGACGAGCCAAAGGGCGAGAAAAAAUCCGACCAGCCCAUGUUGUGGCCGGCUUGGGUGUAUUGCACUAGGUAUAGUGACCGACCAAGCUCAGGUAAGAGAGAUUCGUUUUUAUUGUUAAUUGAUGAUUAA